CUUCAGUCCAAGAGAGUCAGUUGAACAUCAGCUCCUUGGCAAUACAAUAUCUAUUGCUUAUCAUUAUAAAUAGAUCUCCAACAGUAUGUUUGCAUUGUCUUCAUCUCUGGGUGAAUCCUUUUCCAGUCGCAUGGAUCAAUCCACAAAAGUCCAAAGAGCUAGCAACGAGAAGACCAGCACCACCGAAUGUUUCACUGCGGCGUCGUCCUACAGUGAUGAUGAUUCUGCCAGUACUAGUACGACAUCCAUCUACCAUGACACGUUCAUGGAAGACUUGACGGAAGAAGAUGACGCCCAAAGCUGCGGGGGGACUAUCCUUGAUUCUUUGUCCUCCAAAGUAGUGCGGCAGAACGUAUCGGCCAGUGCGAGGCUAGCAGCAGUGCUUUGUCGGCAGCAGGAACAAACCAAUAAUAGUGGCAGGGGCAGACCACAACUACAUGUAUUAUCAGGCGCCAAGAUUCCCUUGUCAGAAUUGGCAACUGUCCCGUCGGAUGCGCUUUCGUUCACACCAACCAUGGCCGAAGUGGCCAUGAGUGGACUCAAAGAGACAAAAAGAACACACUCUACGCGGAAGGAGAAACAGUCCUCUCAUUAUCAUCCGGACGAGAACACUGUGAGUGAAUCUGGGACGGCGUUUGGCAUUCAGAAUGUGCAACCAGAAAGAGUUGCCUGUCCCUUUUGUUACCGCGAAAGGGACCUCGAAUGGAAAUUGUCCAAGGAAAAGAAGCAAAGUCAAGAUUUCGUUGCUUCGGCCAACCAAACCAGAGUUAUCUUGGUGGCUACAGUGGUCUGCUUUGCCAUGGCCUUCGGGGCCUUUUUCCUUGGCAAGGCUGUGUCAGACAGACAGGCUGAAAAGGCAAUGGCGCAGUACGUUACCCAGUGCGAAACAAUGGUGGCAGUUCUAUCUCAAAAGGCUCAGAAGGAAGAAGAUGAGUUGUACUGGAGAUUGGUUAGCGCUGCUUUCACUGCCAUGGUGAACGCCGCUGCAGGUCCUGUCGCAAACUUUGUCAUUGGCGGCGGCAACAAUAAGUAGAGCCUGGUGGAGUGAUUGAUACACUGUAUUCCUGUCAGUUUUUGACAUUGAACAUUCUCGCACGAAAAAGGUUGCUGUGCUUGCAUAUAUAAAUCUAAGGUAGACAUUUUACUACCCCCAUGAU